UAACGUGAACGUGGAAGAGACUGGAACGAAAAAUACACGUCAAAAAUUCUUUAAACGAAUAGCAAAGACAAGCAUUUAAAGCAUUUCCAAAUGCACUUGAUCCAAAAUUUAAAAGGUUUGCUUUAAAAUUUUACUAAAAAGCAGCCGACGUUUUGUAACAACUGCCGAACAACAUCCCCGCUAACUGCGAGUCCACAUCAAGAAAUCUUUAGGCGGGUGCAGCCACGAAAACAGAAAUCAGAAAACGGCAAACAGUUGACAAUUUAUAAUCUAAGAGGGAAAGAUAAUAAUAAUCAUGUCGAACAGUGCAGCGGGACCUACAAAACAAGAAAUCGAAGCCGUAUUUAGUCGUCUGCGUGCGCAACCUGCCAACAAGUCCUGCUUCGAUUGUGCAACAAAGGCGCCCACCUGGUCCUCCGUCACGUAUGGCAUUUUUAUAUGCAUCGACUGCUCCGCAGUGCACCGCAAUCUGGGCGUGCACCUGACCUUUGUGCGGAGCACCAACCUGGACACCAACUGGACCUGGCUGCAGCUGCGCCAGAUGCAGCUGGGCGGCAAUGCCAAUGCUGCCCAAUUCUUUCGCUCUCACAACUGCACCAGCAGCGACGCCCAGGUCAAAUACAACUCCAGGGCAGCUCAACUCUACCGGGACAAGCUGGCAGCACAGGCUCAGCAGGCGAUGAAGGUACACGGCACCAAGCUGCACUUGGAGCAGACGGCGGAUAAGAGCGAGGGAAAUGAUGCUGCCAAGCUGGAGGACGAGGACUUUUUUGCGCAAUGCGACAAUGAGAAUGCCAACGCGCUCCUGGAGAACAACAACUUCAGUCUGGUAUCCACGAAUGUGAAGUUGGAGACAAAAUCCGCGCCGACGCCUACAGUGGGAGCAGACACGAGCAUCGCUGUCGGAGCUCCCAGCGUGGAUCUGUUAAAUUCGUUUGUGGCGCCUACAGCGGUGCCCUCAUCCAUAGGCGUUCGCAAGAUUCAGCCCAAGAAGGGAGCAUUGGGAGCACGCAAAGUAGGCGGUCUAGGCGCCACCAAGGUUAAGACCAACUUUGCUGACAUUGAAGCUCGCGCCAAUGCGGCGAAUGAGAGUAAGACGGCAGCGGCUGCUGCGGGCGGGAUGAUUGAUAAGCCACAAACAGCUGAGGAGGAGAUGGAGACAGUGGCAAGUAUGCGGUUGGCCUAUCAAGAUCUGUCGCUGCAGAAGACACGCGAAGAAGCCAAGCUGAAGAGCAUCGAUCCCGCCAAGGCCAAGCAAAUGGAGCGCCUGGGAAUGGGCUUUAAUUUGAGAGGCUCUGAUGUGGCGCACUCGGCAUUAAGUGACAUGGAAACAUUACAGCAGUCCGCUGCCCCUAAGACUAGCAACCAGAGCAAAUUGGCGGCGCUAGAGAAUGAUAACUUUUUCAAUGAUCAUUCGUUAAAUUUGUACGGCGGCGGGGGCGAUAAGAAGGAGACGAGCACUAGCAGCUCCAGCAAGCUGGACAAAUUUGAAUUGGAUGCGCUGGGCUAUGAAACCAUUGAGCCGAUCGGCGGAACGCAUAGUAACAUUACCUCAAUGUUCGCUGCCAGCAGUGAUUACGAUAAGCCCAAGGCGACUAGUAGUGGAAAUGGAUCAUCUUCCAGCAAGAGCAAAAGCAGAAGCACCAACUCCAGCCUUGAUCCCGUUGCGGCACAGCAGAAGUUUGGCAAUGCCAAAGGCUUUGGCUCGGAUCAGUUCUUUGCGAGCGAACAAUCAUCGGCCGAUGUUAGCGCGAAUCUUAAUCGAUUCCAGGGAUCGCGUGCCAUAUCCUCUUCCGACUACUUUGGAGAUGGCUCGUCAGGAGGUGGCAUGACCAAUCGCAGCAGCACAGGCGGGUACUCGACGGCAGUCAACUUCAAUGCGCCGGAUUUAGAUGAUGUGAAGGAGAGUGUUCGCCAAGGCGUUCACAAAGUGGCCGGCAGGCUGAGCAAUCUGGCCAACGAUGUCAUGACAUCCUUGCAGGACAAAUAUGGCUACUGAUAGUGGGCAGCAAGCAGUAGAUUCCGCGUUAAUUUUAAUGAUUUUUUAUACAUAUUAGUCUCACUCCACUUUAGCACAUGUGCAAAAUGGUUAUAAACAAUUCCAAGCCGACAGCCAGGUGGUGUUGAAUUUAAGGAUUAAUUCCAAGAUUCUUGUAUAAUAAGUAACCAAGAAAGCGAAAGCAAAAUCAACCAAGUUAAGCGUAGUGUCUUCUGAAUUCAUAUACACCGAAAUAUUGUAAAACUAGCGCAUUGAAUGCUGGAAGCAUAAGAAAAUUAUACACACAAUGAUAUCACAAUUGAGGAACAACCAUUAGCUCUUAAGUCGAAUCUGAUCGCCGAUGUUAUUUGUAUGAAAUUUUGUUUUUUUAAUACACCUAUUUAAGGCAUUUACUUUUCUAGGUUA